AUGGUGAAAGAAAGAAACUUUUUGUUGGUAUCUGGAGUUUGUAAAGGGAGUGGGGAGAGGUUCAACUUUCUCAAUGUGUAUGCUCCUCAACAGAAUUCGGCGAAAAAAGUUUUAUGGGCAGAAUUGGUGAGGAUAGUGGGUGGUGCGGAGGGUAUUUGGGUGGUGGGUGGAGAUUUCAAUUGUGUUCGAAACAGAGCGGAGAGAAGGAAUUCUAAUUUUAAUGUGGUAUCGUUUCAUGAUUUUAAUGAGUUUAUUGAAAGUGCAGGGAAGUUUGGCCCGAAACCGUUUCGCUUCUUCAAUUCUUGGUUGGGAAGAGAAGAUUUUGAGGAGGUGGUUGCUAAUAGUUUGAAAGAUUUUCAAGGAGAAGGGGCGCCAUAUAUUGUCCUUUUACAGAAAUUCAGAUGUCUUCGGAGAGCGAUUACAGAGUGGAAAGUUAAAAAGUUAGAGGUAGAAAUUGAGGAAGAGAAGGAUGGAGAUCUUUUGGAAGAGGAGUUAUGGGUUCUAGAUGAGUCGAAGAAAAAAUUAAAGGAGUUGGAAGAUUACAGAUAUAAAGAUUUGAAACAAAGGGCUCGUGUGAAAUGGGCUCAGGAAGGGGAUUAUAACAUGCGCAAGUUUGUUGAAGAUAUGAAGGUUCGACCGGGCCAUAAAUGCUUUGGUUUGAAGAAUAUUAGCGAAGACAAGGCGGCGGGUCUAAUCGUGCCAUUUUCAGAAAAAGAAAUAAAGGAGGCAGUUUUUGAGUGCGAUAACAAUAAAGCGCUAGGGCCUGACGAUGAUUUUGGGAGAAUUUUCGAAAUUUUUUUUCAAAAGGGUAUUAUUAAUCGAGGUGUCGGGUCGUCGUUUAUCACGUUAGUUCCGAAAGUCUCUGAUCCGGUUGCGCUUGGAGAGUAUCGGCCUUUUAAUCUGAUAGGGGUGGUUAGCAAAACGAUUUCCAAAGUUUUAGCUAACAGAUUAAAGGGGGUUAUGGGGAGUAUAUUUCAGAGACUCAAUCUGCGUUUCUGUCUGGCAGAUACAUUCUUGAUGGUCCGAUGA